UCUGACGUCAUGGAUUUGACGAGAUUGGCUGUGGACGCUGGUCAGUUCAUUAACCGGGCUGUUCAGUACACUGGAGAGACUCUGGGCCAGGCAGACAGGACAGAGGUGGACAGCGGGCUGGAAGAGCUCCUGGUCCAGGCAGAUGUCACCAAGACCUGGACAGAUCAGAUCAUCUCCCAGACUGAAGUUUUACUGCAGCCCAACCUCGGUGCACGGUUGGAGGACCGGCUGUAUCACCAUCUGGAUUGGAGCGUCCCAUCACGGCCACGAGCCCACGAGCUUCUCGGAGACCAAAUGAGUCAAGCUGGGUUGGAAGUGGGUUCAGACACACCCUACGGCGCUGCACUGCUUAGGUGUGGCGAUGCUCAAAAGCACCUCGGUGAGGCAGAUAAGCAUUUUGUCCAGAGUGCCCACAUCCACUUCCUCGCUCCUCUGCUGACUUUCACUGAUGGGGAAUACAGAACCAUACAGGAGGAGCGCAGGAUGCUGUUUAACAAGCGGUUGGACUUGGACAUAUCAAAGUCGAGGUUGAGAAAAGCCCAAGAGGCAGACGAACAGGCUAGAAAUCUGAACACAAACCUGCUAGAGAACGACUACUACUCUCAUGUGUCCUACAUGUUCAGUUUCCUGCGUGUUAAGUGGCUAAAGAUGUGGGCUCAGGAAAUUGCUCAAGCAGAGAUGGAGCUGAGGAUCUGUCAAAGUCUGUUUGAUCGACAAUUACAAAUUACAAGACGGCUUCUGGAAGGAAUCAGCAAGACUCAUACUGACCACAUGUGGUGCCUGACUGACUUUGUGGAUGCUCAGGCCUGCUACUACGCUCAGUGCCACCAAUAUGCACAGGCGCUCCACAAACAUCUAGCCAGAAUUCCUGCAAUGCUUUGUGCCAACAACUGGCAGUCCACCAUCCACCAUGUUGCCAAUGAAACUACAAGUCCAAUUCCCAUAGUUAUUCAUCAUGUUCCAGAUUUUGACCAAGAUUCUUGGACAAGGGAUCCACUGUGUGGAACUGAGCAAACAGGACAGCCGUCUGGAAAUAUACAACAGGCUGACUGGGCAAAUAAUAAUAAUAACAAUAACACUUCAUUAGUUGACAACCACCAUGCAACAGCUAACAUCCUGUCUCCUGCCAGCCAAGCAUCUAGUUAUGCCAAAUUAUGCAUGCCAAUUUGGGGCAGUCACCCACUAAAUCAGUGCAGUACAUCCAGCUGGACAGUCAGCAGGAGCAUGAUGAACAACAGAAUGGUGGCUGCCAAAUCUCCAGGUCCAAGCAGUAUAUUGACAUUUGGUGACAGAUUGAACCAAAUAUUAGCUACUGAUGCAGCAGGUAGUUUAUUAAAAACAAAUUCUCCAAAUCAGUUUCAGAUAGAAACUGCUUUUGGCACUGAAACCCCAACAACAAAUCACACAGGUGCUGAGACCCUGACAACCGAUGACAUGGCUGCCAAGACCCUGAUAACCAAUGAAAUGGCCGCAGAGACCUUGAUAACCAGUGGCAUGAUUGCUGAAAUCUUGACAAACAACAACAUGGCUACCGAGACCCUGACAACCAAUGAAAGGGUUGCUGAGAACCUGGCAACCAACGAAGUGGCUGCUGAGACCCUGAUAACCAAUGAAAGGGUUGCUGAGACCCUGACAACCAGUGACAUGGCUGCAGAGACCCUGACAACCAGUGACAUGGCUGCUGAGACCCUGACAACCAAUGAAGUGGCUCUGGAGACCCUGACAACCAAUGAAAUGGUUGCUGAGACCCUGGCAACCAAUAAAAUGGCUGCUGAGACCAAGUCUUUCUGCUGAUGUCAAAAGGGGUCAUGAAACAAGAACUACUUGAUAUAAACAAAAACAGUUGCCAGGAUUCAACCUCAGACAGUUAAUCAUUCAGUUUAAAUGAGGCAGAGCGUGUGACAUCAGAGCGUAGAGUUGUGUAAAGCUAAAGGGUGGAGUUAUCAUCUGACUGUCCUGUUAUCAAAGAGAUACCCUAAAGUUGAAAAUGCUACUUUGAUGUACAGUACAUCAGCGUGCAUUUGUGUUCAUGUGACCUUUCAGUAGGUUUACGUAUAUGGAUACGCCAGUACAUGUACCAGGAUGCGCAACUUUAACCUUAAUAAAAAGAUAUGCUAG